AACUUUGUGAGCAUGUUUGUGAGAAUUGUGAUAAUUCUGUUUUGAAGUGCAAAUAUUUUUUCAAAUUUGUCAUAAAACUUUUACAAUUUCUUGUUCAUGAUGGAUAAUAUUAACGUAAUAAACUACAUUAAUAUCAAUCUAGAUAACAGUGACGAUGAAAGCUGUAGUAUCGACAUGGACUCGGAUUUCUUUCAAAUGGGUAUACAAGUAGCAUUCCCCAGAGCUGGGAAAGUAGUACGUGAACGAAGUGAUUAUAAAAGAUAUCCAGAUAACGAAUUCCUUCAGAAGUUCAGAUUGACUAAAACGACUGUAAAAUUCUUGACUGAACUCAUCAAGAAUAAAAUUUCUUCACCGACCACCAGAAAUGAUGCGACAACACCGGAGCAAAAAGUUUUACUUACAUUGAGGUACUACGCCACUGGCUCAUUUGAAGAUGCGUUUGCUGAAUUUGCCGGAGUUCACGAAUCAACAGUGGAAAAAAUAAUCAAGUUGGUAUCCGAAGCUAUAGCUGAGCUUAGGCCACAGUUCAUAUACAUGCCAGAAAGUGAUGCAGAUAUCACGCAGAUUCGACAAGAAUUCUACAACAUAGCUAAAUUUCCCCGGUGCAUUGGUGCUUUAGAUUGCACCCACAUCAAAAUCCGUUCACCAGGUGGCAAAGAGCCGGAAAUAUUCAAAAAUAGAAACAACUAUUUCUCCAUCAACGUGCAGACAAUCAGCGAUACUAAGCUGCGGAUACAAAAUAUAGUUGCUAGGUGGCCUGGAUCCAGUCUCGAUUCUCAUAUACUGAAAUGCUCUCGUAUCAGACAACAUUUUGAAAGUGGAAAAUUCAAAAAUAAUGUUUUGGUGGCUGACAGCGGUUACGGAAUUCAGAAAUAUAUCAUAACUCCUCUACAGGAUCCGAAGACUGCAGCUGAAGUGCUAUUUAACGAGUCCCAAAUGGUAACUAGAAAUCCUGUAGAACGAUCGCAUGAGGAGUGGAAGCUGAGAUUUCCCAUAUUGAGCAUCGGUAUUAGUGUUCAGUUGUCAACAGCGCUCGCCGUUAUUGUGGCGACAGCUGUUCUGCACAAUAUAGCUUUAAAGUUUGGUGACGAUGUCCCUCAUCCUACUCGAGAACUUGAAGCACUCAUAGACAUCCAAGAAGUGGAAAACAUUCCUUUAUUAACUGCAGGAAAUAAUCGAUCCGUGCACAGGCAUUCUUUCUUGAAAUAUUUUGAAAGUCAACUGUAGAUCUGAAAUGGAAAUAUCGUUUUAGGUAUUUCGAAGAUAGCGUUAUUUUUCUAAUUCGUUAUAGUUACACGUUACGUUAAUUCAAGAUCGAACUAUUGCGUUUUAUUGCUCUUCUGAGCUUUUACGAAUAUUUUUUUAUAAUCUUUUUUGAUUGUACAUUUUUAAUAUAAGGACUGUGUUGUACUUUCGCUGAAUAAAUAUCUUGAGUCGCCUA